AUGCCUUUGACAUGUAUGUACCCCCGCCCCAAGCCCUUUGACAGUGUGAAUGACGAUCCCUUUUUUCGUAUAACAGUCUGCCCUAACUGCAGCAAUGCGCUUACGAUUUCUCGCGCUGAUGCCACACCGAAAUAUCCAAUCGGAGUUAAUCGAUUCGAAUGCCGCGCUUGCCCAUACCAGUACGUGCUAGAACAAGCCUGGUUCGAGAAAACACCCAUGAAGCAAAAGGAAGUGGAGGCGGUAUUUGGAGGAAAAACCGAAUUCGAGAACGCGGACAGCAUGGCCACACAAUGCCCCGCGGAAGGCUGCAAUGGCGACCGUGCGUACUUCUUCCAACUGCAGAUUCGAAGUGCAGACGAGCCGAUGACUACAUUCUUGAAGUGUACGACGUGCGGUGCUCGGUGGAGAGAAAACUGA